AGAAGACGUUGGUUGUUUUUCAACUCAUGAUUUCACAAUGCCGAUACCUUUGAAGUUAAGAGAUCUCAUUAGAGCAAUCAGAGCAGCUCGAACAGCAGCUGAUGAACGAACUGUCAUUUCAAAAGAAUGUGCUCAAAUUCGGGACACAUUUCGUGAAGAGGACAAUGAUUUUCGAGCGAGAGCAGUUGCUAAGCUCUUAUACAUUCAUAUGCUUGGCUAUCCUGCUCAUUUCGGACAGGUAAAUGAUUAAUUUUGGAUCAAUUUUCAAAAGAAACCUGUGGUUGAUAAAAUUAAAUUUGGUAUUUCAGCUGGAAUGUUUGAAACUUAUUGCAUCUCCAAAGUUUACGGACAAGAGAGUUGGCUACCUGGGUGCCAUGAUGUUGCUUGAUGAAAGACAGGAUGUACAUCUCCUAGUCACAAACUCACUCAAAAAGUAAAUUAUACUGUAUUUUUUUAUGACUUGCUGUAUGUUUCAUGGAUACCAAUAUAUCCAUAGACGACUGAGAUUGGCACAAUUUUUUCAUUAUUUAUUUAUUUAUUUAAUUUGAUUUGUCACAAUUCAUUUACGUACAAACAAGAUUGAUUACUGGCACUAGUACAGAACAAUAAAAAUACAACAUUGGUGUGACUGGAGAGAGGAACAGAACUUGCGUUCCAAUUGACACCUAACAUAUUGACACCCAUUAUGUGAAAGAUGCAUACAAUCUCAAUAAUUUAUAACCUUCAAAUUCUUAAAAUUUCAUAUCUGAAUGUUGGAGAGUCACAGAAUUAAAGAUGGGAAAAUCUGAUCCAAUGACCAGAUUUUCCAUAGAUGAAGAGAUAAAUAGAAAUUUUGUAUCAGCCUGAACCCCGAUGGUAAAGUCUUACCAAAGGAUUUUUACUAUUUUACUAAAAAAAUGUUAAAAAUGUCAAGAGAAAACAGUUAAAAAGUUCAUAAUAUGCCGCAAAAAAUCACCCAAUUCCUCACAAAGUGCCCACAAAAAUAAGUAGAGUAAUAGACUGAAUUGAAAAAUAGUUAUUCUUUUCUUUUCAAAAUUAAUUUCAACCAAGGUAAUCACUGCUGCCUUAUAGAAUACUUAAGGCUAACAGUUUUACAAAGUAUAAAUAUACAGUAGUACUGUGCAUUCUCUUUGGGAAUUAAAUUUUAAUACUGACGUUUUGUUAAAUUUAGCAAGCAAUCCUGAGAUAUUGAUUUUGUAUUUUGUAGUGAUUUGAACCAUAAUAGUCAAUUCAUUAUUGGCUUGGCACUUAGCACUCUGGGAAGGUAAGUGCAUUGAAAGUGUAUCUUAUAUUGACAGUGCAUUUUAUCCUGCCUACAGCUAGGCUGGGGCGUUUUUUCGGUAUACCGGAAAAUAGCGGGGUUUUUUGAAAAACCGGGUUUUCGGUUUUGCUUUGUCCAAGCACCGAAAAACGGAAAAAGAUGAAGAACCAGGAAAAAAUGAUAUAAAAAUGUUAGUGUUUCAGCUAAUCCUAGCUGAAAACAUCUAAAUACAUUAUUUUAACAUUGUCUUCUUACUUGUAUUUUUAUAGCUCUGUAAGCUUUUGAUAUUUAAGCAUCUAAAACUAAAAUUCUUCACGUAAUAAAAACAUGUGCUACACGGUUUUAUGUCUGUGUGUUAUUUAUAGAUUAAAAACCGUUUUUUCCAGGUUUUUUCCUGACGGUUUUCAGUUUCGUUUUUUUUUUCAAGAACCGUCCCAGCCUACCUACAGCCACAUUUCUCAUCAUUCAAGUGAUGAGUUACUUAACUUUACUCUUAAUUUAUUUAGUAUAUGUUCUCACGAAAUGAGUCGAGAUUUAGCUGGCGAAAUUGAAAGACUUCUGAAAACUUCCAAUAGCUUUACUAGGAAAAAGGUUGGUUCAUAUUAGUAUAUAUGGUAAAGAGUUGGUUGGAUGUUAGAGUAUUAUUAACAUGAACGCUGCAGAUUGAUAGGGAUACAGCUACCUGAAAAUACAAGGAGAACUUUGAUGUUUCAAGCGGAGGCCCUUGAUCUGGAAGAAUAGGCAAGAAUUCGGUGUAUAAUUGCUAGGCUGAGGCGGUUUUUCGGCAUACCGGAAAAUACCAGGGUUUUUUUGAAAAACAGGUUUUUCAGUUUUACCAAAGUCCAAGUACCGAAAAACCGAAAACCCCCGGAAAAAGACAAAGAACUGGGAAAAAACAAGAUAAAAAUGCUAAUGUUUCGGCUAAUCCUAGCUGAAAACUUGUAAAUACAUUCUUUUAACAUUGUGUUCUUACUUGUAUUUUUAUACCUCUAUAAGCUUUUGAUAUUAAUAUAAGCAUCUAAAAUCAAAAUUCUUCACAUAAUAAAAACAUGUGCUACACAGUUUUAUGUCUGUGUGUUAUUUAUAGAUUAAUUUUAAAAACCGGUUUUUCCGUUUUUUUCCUGACGGGUUUUCAUUUUUCAUUUUUUCAAGAACCGCCCCAGCCUAAUAAUUACUAUAUGUAUCACAUUCUUACUUCAAUAUUAUUCAUUCCAUUUAGGCUGCUUUGUGUGCGGUUCGGAUAAUUCGUAAAGUUCCAGAGCUGAUGGAAAUUUUUGUUCCUGUAACAAGAUCAUUACUGAAUGAGAAGAACCAUGGUAUGCUAAAUGUGUACUGUUAUAUCAAUGUGUACCAGAAUUCUGAUAUUUUAUAUGAGUAUUCAGGGUUUUUUCCAGGGAUUUUUUAGGGCCGUUAAAUGGCCUCAAAAACUCAAUCUUGAAUUGAGUUUGGAAAAUCAAUCCUCUCACCAUAGUUUCAGUGCAGUAAAAAUGAAGUUGUCUGAGUUAAAUUCGUGACAUGUGGAAAUUAGUUUUCAAUUGGAAACCCGACAAUUAAGAAAAAAUGGCUGGAAUUCAUCUCACAACACAAGAAAAACUAUGCAUUCGCCAUCUUUAACCAGUUUAUAGUGUCCCUUAGUGCCCCUGCUUUAACACAUUCUGUCUCAACUACAUUUAUUGAGUACAAGUGUCAGCCCCCCGGUAGGGAGGGGGGGGGGUGCAGCCACCCUAGCUGUUCAGCUAAACUCAAUAUUCUCUGCAAAAACGGACCCAAGAGAAAAUCCUGAAAAAAAACCUGGUAUUUAUUUCAGGUGUUUUACUAACUGCUACAUGUCUCGUUACCGAAAUGUGUGAACUGAAUCCUGAAAUUGUGGCACAUUUUAGACGGGUGAGUGAUUAUUGUCAGUUGCAAGUAAAAACUUACUUAUGCUCAGUUAUUAUGUUACAUGUGGAUUAUUAUCUGAACAGUACCGGUAAUAAUUUGACUUAGUUAAGGUAAAUAUUACAUAUUCUUGGUUGUGAAAAAGACAUGUUCAUACUAAUAAUAAGAUAGACUUGGCUGUAAAAAAGAGACUCGCAAAACAUUCUGUGUUGGUUUUAGCAUGUUUCGACUUUGGUGAAAACAUUGAAGAAUUUAAUAAUGUCAGGAUACUCUCCCGAGCAUGAUGUUUCAGGAAUUAGUGAUCCUUUCCUUCAGGUAAUGUAUAUUUGCUUGGUUUAGGUGUUGAUAAAAAUUUCAUUGCAUAUGCACAAAUAUGCACUACAAUAGUUAUAUAAAGUAUCGUAUAUCAGAAAGCUUCGGAUUGAUAGAGAUGCAACUUCCUGAAAAAUACAAGGAGAACUUCGACAUUUCAACUACACUGUACUAACUUCCCGAACAAGGGCCUUCACUCGAAACGUUGUAAUUCACCUUCAAUCUGAAGCUUUCUUAAUAUUGGCAAUAAAGUAUAACCUGUUUGCAGGGCUUCAAAUUCAUGGUAUCCCGAUAUCCUGGCGAUACCAGAAUCACCAGAUUUUAAAUUUGGAUACUGGUUAUCACAAGGUUAUCACAUAAAAAAAUUUUAUACUGUAAAUGGAAAUAGCUCGUCUUCACGUACUUAUAUUCAAAAUAUGUUGGCAAAAUGUUAAGAUACAGUACAUUAUAUGAACUGAGCAAACAAUAAAAUCUACUGAGACACUGCAAAUAUUAUUUAACUGAUGAACAAGUGGAAGAAAUACCACAUAUUGAUACAAAUGAUAAUCAAUCAUGAAUGAAAAGAGUUUUGCAAAUUUGGGAUACUAGAUUUUCUGGGUGGAUACCAGAUUUUAAGUUGCUAUUAUCCUGUUGGAUACUGCUGAAAAAUUCAAAUUUGAAGCCCUGCUGUUUGUUUCAAAGUUGAUAUAACAUGUAAUGAAUGUUUGUGCCCUCUGUGCUGAAUGUAAUUGAUGUAGAACAAAAAAAGAAAACCUGACCUUUUGUACUGGACAAUACAUAAGAUUUAGCAACAAACCCAGGUAUUUUGCCUUAUGGGUGGUGUCUCAGUUUAUGUUCUGUAUCAGUGUGACUGUGGUGUACAAUUCAUUUUACAGUCUGUACCAUAUAUACAUUUGAUAGAUUCGAGUGAUCAGAUUGCUCAGAAUUUUGGGAAGAAAUGAUGAUGAAGCUAGUGAUGCGAUGAAUGAUGUUUUAGCGCAGGUAUUUUAAUGUGAUUGAUACAGUAUAUUCAGCAAGAAAUGUACAUGUAAGGAAUGCCACACUAAUCAUUUGACAAAUUCUGUUGUAAUACAUUGUACCUUACUCCUACUGGAAUAUUAAUUUCUCUUUUUUGUAAGGUUGCAACAAACACAGAAACAAGUAAAAAUGUUGGAAAUGCCAUUUUAUAUGAAACUGUCCUGGCAAUCAUGGACAUAAAAUCUGAAAGUGGUUUAAGAGUAAGUGAUCAUAAAAAUAUUUGAUUACAUUGUCUAUCCAAAGAAUCAUAUAUGCCUUUUAUAACCAAAACAUAGGAUCAUAGUGUUAGUGCAUAG